UGCGUAGCGAGGGGACGCAACCUGAUUUCCUGAAUCGGGUUCCGUCGUGCCGUGCCGACGACACCGACGCCGACGCCUGUGCCCACAGAGCGAUCACAGGGCUCUCUUACCCGAACGGCACCGAGUGGCAGCAGCCGAGAGACGGGUACGCAGCGAGGAUUUCUCCCGGUUCGAGGACGAGAAUGCGCUUCGUUAUGCACCCACCGCAACGGAUGACAGCCUCUAGACAAACGUUUCUCAGCGCAAACUUUCCGCUCGGGUUGUGUUGAGUCCGCUCCAAGAGCAGACUGCGAUGCAGGUGCAAAGUGGGCGCUAAUGUUCCUGAAAUGUCUUGCUGUGCGCCGACGCGGUCCAUUGUGCCACGGCAGCCCCGCAUUGACAGAGGCCAUUUUAGUCUGCGUGGUCCCAGCAAAGUGUUGUGUGAAUAGAAGUUGUCCAGGCAGGAGCACACAAGCUGGUGGACGAGCGAUGAGCGUCCAUGACACUGUGCGCAAUCGCUGCUGAAGCGUUUAUGGGUACUGCGUACUUGAUCUCCUGGCUUCCAGCUAAGAGGUUUGCCGCGGGGCUACUCCGACAUCUGGACCGCCCGGCCGCUGUCAGACGCGGCUUGAACUCGAAUGCUCGUCGCCGACUGACUCGACAGCCUCGGAGGGGCGAAUACCGACUGGGGCCCGAAGCUAACCGGCUCGCGUGAGCUAUGGGCUUCGCUUAGUAAAGUCACGCAUCGGGGAAAGCAACGCCUGGUGACGCUGCGGUCUUCUCGCCACAUCGCCCGCUUCGACGUUCGCCUCCGACAAAAGACUAGCGUGACAGCGGAGUAGUGUAUUGUCCGCCAUACGUGUCAACGCAGUGGGAUUUGUACGUGCGGUCGGCGUCCCCCCCCCACCCUUCCCGCAGUGACGGUUAUGGGUCGGAAGCGGUGUGUAGGUGCAGAUUGUUCCAAGAUGGCGGCCGGGUGCUGCGGGGUGAAGAAGCAGAAGCUGUCGGGAUCGCCCGGGUCGGGGGGUCCCGGCGGGGUGGGGGCGGGUAGCGGGGUGGCAGGAAGCGGACAUUGUGGAUCGGAGUUGGGGAUUGGCUCCUCGGCGACUGUUGCAGGAGCGCCGAACGUGAGCAGGGCCAACGGCCUGGGGGGACCCGGGGGCAACGUUAGCGGCGGCGGUAGUAACAGCGGCUGCGGCGGCACGAGCGCUCUGUCGACUCUGUCUCCAUCCCUGGCCGGCUACACUUCGUCCGGUCUCACCCCGAAUCUCAGCCCAGGACCUGGAUCGGGAAGUGGAGGCAGAAAAAUGGUGGUUUCGGCGGAGAUGUGCUGCUUCUGCUUUGACGUGCUUUAUUGCCAUCUGUACGGAUACCAACCUCCAAGAACACCCAGGUUUACAAACGAUCCCUACCCGCUGUUUGUCACAUGGAAAAUAGGCAGAGACAAGCGGUUGAGGGGUUGUAUAGGUACAUUUUCUGCCAUGAAUCUGCACUCAGGACUCAGGGAGUACACCCUUACCAGUGCCCUUAAAGACAGCCGCUUCCCCCCCAUGACAAGGGAUGAGCUGCCUCGCCUCUUCUGCUCAGUGUCUCUUCUCACCAACUUUGAAGAUGUCGGUGACUACCUUGAUUGGGAGGUGGGUGUUCACGGUAUUAGGAUAGAGUUUUUCAAUGAGAAAGGAUCAAAGCGCACCGCCACCUACCUGCCAGAGGUUGCGAAGGAGCAAGGUUGGGACCACAUUCAAACCAUAGAUUCCUUACUACGAAAGGGAGGUUACAAAGCUCCCAUCACAAAUGAUUUCAGGAAGACCAUUAAGUUAACCAGGUACCGUAGCGAGAAGAUGACAAUGGGCUAUGCGGAAUACAUAGCCCACCGCCAACAUCAUCACUACCAGAAUGGCAUCGGGCACCCUCUUCCACCCUACAACCAUUAUUCCUGACAGCGAGCCGCAUGACCAAUCAUUGGACUUCUCCGCGGACCUUUUCCCAGGAGAGCCCGCCCCCUCCUGGUCUAGCUAUUUCUACUACUGUACCAUUUUAUGAUGAUAGUUUCCGUUGCCAUGGUGGCUGUCUCCCAAGACGUCGGCUUGGCAACGGUCUGCUACAAAGCGUCAAUUGAUUACGGCAAGAAAUUCACCUCCUCCGUUGUCUUUCUUGGCCUGUGGUUUUUGCAGCAUACAUAUGUCUAGUAAAGCCCUUCAUUUGUAUUUUUGAAAUUUUAACCUUUAUUAUCAAGUCUCCUCAGCAAACCUAAACAGGUGUUUGAUUCUGUGGAUGGAAGGACGUCUCUUACGGUGGAUUAACACUGCGUAAAUAUUGUGUGGGCUUUGAUACUGUUUUACGUGUAAUCAUUUUCUCCCCCCCCCCCCCCCUCUGACUUUAUGUAAACCAUGUAGCUGGGGGCCACUGUUAUUCACAAAGGCUGUUUCGUCUCUCCUCUGAUCCCUCUCAAAAAAAAAAAAAAAAAAAAAAAAAAAAAAAAACAAGGUUGUUUUAGCUUUGUAAACGCUAUUAGUUAGUAGAUGAAAGUUUGUAUUUGGAUGUGUAUACGCACAAAGUGUUGUUUACCGUACAGGAUAGUGAUGUCCUCUUCGCAGCCUGUGUUCUUUGUGUGAGCUCACAGCUUUUGUUUUUGUUUUUGUUUUUGUGUGUGGAUAUCGACAUUCAAUGUCCCCCCACCCCAAGUGAGAAGAAAUUGGAUUUAACAUUAUUAAUAUUAUUAUUAUUAUUAGUUUUUGGUUGACCUCCCAAUCAUUAUCCGUGUGUUUUGUGUUUAUAAAUCUUUCAUUAAGGGAGGAUAAGUGUGCUGAAGUUUUAAUUUUUUUUAUAAAUCUUUCCUGGUGGUAAGAGGUGUAUGUAGGUUGUGAGCAAUAGAAGCAGAUCCGGGGCCCACAUAUGCAAGGUGUUGUUUCCACUUAGUGUGCGUUUACUGGUAGGGAGUCAUGUGACUGACAGGGAAACUUCGUAAAGCCAUAUUCUCUCCAGCAUACGUUGACUACAUGUCCUCAUUCUCGCGUCUCGUACAUUAUCAGUGUACUUUGUAGAAACGUCGGAUGCUGGCGAAGCAUUGUUCACAAUGUUCGAUGUAUUCCAACCGCAAUUUUGAGAUUAGGUUCUCUUGUUUUGUCAGCUGUGAAGACAUAACAGAUUUAGUAUGAACCGAUUGUUUGCAUGGGGUCAAAUAUGUCCCAAGAAGACAUUUCCUGUGAAAUUGUUGUUGUUAGUCGCACCGGGGCCGGCCGGGGCUUAAGUGUAGUGUCAUGUUGCAAACUGCCUGUUUUGGUUUGACUGACUGGACUUGUUUUUUUUUUUUUUUUUUUUUUUUUUUUGAGAGAGGUUCUCGUUACUUGACCAACAUCUUUUGUAACAGCCUUUACUAACUGGCAGAUUCUUCCCUUUUUUUUUUUUCUUUAUGCAAAAACGUCAAGGGCUUUUGGCAAUCCAUCCACAGCUAACCCGAAAUGACGUUUCAAGUUGUGUUGCCUUAAAUGAAUGCAUUCAAAACCAAUGGACCGAGAGAGGAUGCGCUGUUCUCGUUGUUCGGACUUCCCGUGCGCCAAUCGCGGCACCGAACCGAUGGAUCGGUUGAUCGUUCGUAGCUGCUCGGACACGUCCUACCCGGCUCCCGCCACCUUUGGAAGGUCAAACCACCGGCCGGAAGAGCGGCUGAUCGUUACUCUCCUGCUCCAUUUAAUCACAGCACAACCAGAAAUGAUCUGCUGCAAAACCAAAUUGACCAUGCUCUCUGACAUAUAUGUCUUUGUAUACACAUGCAAUGUGUUUAGUUGCAUGUACGUAUGUAUGAGUAUGAGACCUAUGGUUUUCUCCAUGAUAUACAGUAUAUAUUAUGCUUGGACACUCUUAUGAACCAUUAAGAGAGUGAAUAGACAAAUAUGGUGCUAUCAGACCUCAUAUUGGGGUGGUCACAGCUUGUGACUGGUCAUGCGGACUCAUCGAUCAUAUCAUACUUAAAAAAAUAAAUAAAUAAAAUAAAUUAAUCAAGUGAUGUUACAUGUAAGAUUUUCUCUCUCUAUUGCUGCAAAAUGCGGCACAUUGAAGGAAACAAACGUAGCCCCUGCUUUCAUCAAAUUCAUUGUGGGUGACUAUUGGGAUGAGUUCCCUAUGGGAAAACGAUAUUCCUUCGCAUAUAAUGAAGCGGGAUGACUCCCAGCAGCAAACUAUAGAAUGUACUGUUAGCAUUCACCUGAGAUCUGUUGUGAGAGAAUCUUACAUGUGUUACCUUUACUCUCCUUGAAAUAUGCAGAUCUGUUUUUGUUGUUGUUGUUGUUGUUGUUCCUACCGGUGUCAACACCCGUGCAGGUUUGAAAGGACAAGAAGUCACAUGCUAACCUGCUCUUUUACCCCCCCCCCCCCCCCCCCCCCCCCCCCCCAAUACGUACACCAUGGCCCAGCCUCAUGGACUAGUCUGUUCACGUCUUGAUGCGUCGUUUGGAUGUUGCUUUAAAAAAAACAAACAACGAUGACAACCAACAACUCCUGAGCACAUUCUCCGUUACCCUCAAGCUGCUGAAUUGGUUGCGAAACGGCAAAUACUCAAACCAAGCAGUAGGCCGGCAUUUUGCAUCGUGAGUUUUACGUAGAAAAGCAUUGCUUGUGUACUGAUGGGACGAUUUCAAAGCAUUGAUACCUCAUGGGAUAUUGGACUUGUUUUUUUGGGGGUAGUUUGUUGUAGCAGUUAGGUGUGUAAGCUCUGUAGGGAGGCUUCAGAGUUCGGCCUCAGCCUUCCGCACGAGGUCAAUGUCGUUUUCCCGCAGAAUCGAGCUCGAGCUCGAGCUCAUGUUAACUUGUCCUGUUUGACUCAACCAAAGAUGCUAGCGGCCAUGUCCAAAAUGCUGCUCUUCAGGCCUGGCUUCCUGUCCUUCCAAAAAACAAACAAAAAAAAAACAACAACAAAAAAAACCCAUCAUUUGUUUGUGUUUCUGUGCGCGUGUGUAUUGAUCUCUCAACUGUCUGGACUUGUUAAGCAACACGUUUCAAUGACUUGUCAUUGAAAGUAUCUGAAGCCGUUCAUGGCAUCAAGGAUGGUUCAAAAUGGUUGCAAAUGUGUUACUUAUUUUGUUUGUUAUUUUAUUAUUGCUCUAAUUGAAAAAAAAUGAAACUCCCAUGGUGUGCCUCUUAGCUUUAUGGGUUUAUAAAUGUGUCCCCUCCCCCACAAGACCAGCAGUUAUACCUUGUAUAAAAGAUGGAUUUUUUUUACAUUUUUUUUAUGCCAUUAAAGAUGAAAAUCCCCGUUUUCUUUACUCUGGACCCAGUAGCUGCACUGGUGUACAAUCGCACUGAUACAUUAGAUGAGUAGUUUGAGGGGGAAAAAAAGAAAGAAUAAUCACAAAUGAAGCAAGAUCUACAAUAAACUUGUUUGAAACUUUUUACUACAUGGGAUUUAAAAAAGAGAACACAAAGAAAAUGACUGUUUUUGUACAUCAGAAGUUCUUUUCAAAAGACUCUUUUGAAUCUACUUUGAAAAUGAUUUGAGUGGUUUUCUAUGUUCAGAAUUUUGGAGACACUGACUUCUAAGAUGUGUCACUGUACAAAAUGAACUUUUUUAGUUGCUGUGGCCUGAUGGGCUGGGAGGGUUGCCUGGUGUAACUCCUCAUACCAAUGAUAAAUUCUUGUCAUUUUGA